AUGGCCUCCGGUCAAUCUUCCAGGCCAGCCCCGCCCUCACCAUCCGCGUCCUUCUACGACAUGUCCGACGACGAAGAGGGUGGCUACAAUACCAUCACCCAUGCGACCACCAUGAAGGGCGUGAAGCUCCUUUAUUCCAAAAGCAAGGUCUAUGUCCAUCCUACUCCCUCCGCCAAAGACAACAUUCCGGGCUUCCUCGCUCUUGUUCAGCAAAAAUCCGCUCCCCUCUCCUCCGACCAAUGUCCCACGUCGUCUGAUUCUUCCAAGAAGGUUGCAAAUGCUGCAUCCUAUCUUCUCGCAUGGGUCCCAGAGUCUUCUCUGGCUCAGGAUGAUCUAAGUACCUAUGUCAAGGUUGACAUGAAGGACAGCGAGUCCCCUCCCAAGCAAACGUAUCUUGUUCCUCCUCUCCCACUCGCCACCACUUUCGACGAGUCUCCUGUCGGCCCAUACGCUUUCUCUUUUCCUUUGUCUAGCAUUUAUUCCAUCCAUGUACGACCCCCUAGCUUGGGCUGGUGGUACGGCAGUAUAGUCGUCAACACUCGUUCUGGUGCCAGCCUACCUGCUUUAUUCUUCCACGACUCAGAAUGUGAGAGCACCAUACUGCAGAAGAAAAAGAGAGCCCGCGAAUCCUUUGACCCCUUUGGUGAGAAUGGGGAACUCUUCUGGGGUGGAGAUGAAGCUUUGCGAUGGCUCAAAAGAUAUGUCAAUGUGGAAAGAAGUACAGCUGAACCGUCAAUAUACCUCAUUGACCCCACUGAAGAAGAUCGACUCGGCUUCGGUCAAGGCCGCAAGUCCCUGGAAGGUCGAGACAGAUCAAACAGUCAAGCUACAGGUGCUAAGGAGCAGAAGAAGCCGCCUGGUCCCGGAAUGGAUCCCUUGACAAAAGCUCUAAAGGAAACAAGAUGGAAGAUUCUAGAGCAAUUAUCUAAAGUCACUACUUUCACCAGACGCACAGCUGAGGAUCUUGCUAACAACAAGAAUAUCCCUCCUCAAGUGCGGCGCCUGAUCCAAAAUCCUGAGGUCCAAACACUACAGGAUGAGUUUGACAGCGCCAAGCUAUACCUUGCGAGAUGGGCCAUGAGCAUUGCUGAGCAGGGGGAAAAAGAAAAGAAUCAAAGAAUCUGGACUGCCAGAGAUGCACUGGAAUCAGAGGAGACCAGUGUCGGCGAUUUUGAGAUUCUCGAUAUGGAGGCAGGUCGGAUGACUCUCAACGACAGUAAAAGGAGGCCGGUGACUAUAUCAGAAUGGAAGUCUUUUUUUGACUCGAAAGGUAAACUGCAGGUCACGGUGGACGAGGUCAAAGAACGCAUAUUCCAUGGUGGUCUCGAUCCAGAAGAUGGCGUUCGAAAGGAAGCUUGGCCAUUUAUUCUAGGCUUCUACGAUUGGACCAGCACAGAAAGCGAACGGCAUGCCUACAUGAAUAGCAAGAGGGACGAAUACAUCCAAUUAAAGGGGGCAUGGUGGGACAGAAUGAUGGACGGAAGAGCGACACCCGAUCAAGAAGAAUGGUGGAAAGAGCAAAAGAUCAGAAUCGAGAAAGACGUGCACCGCACAGAUCGGCAAAUCCCCUUGUUUGCAGGUGAAGAUAUCCCACACCCUGAUCCAACCUCCCCCUUUUACAAUCCCAACGCACCCGGCACCAACGUUCACAUGGAACAACUAAAGGAUAUGCUUCUUACCUAUCUCGAAUACGAUACUCCACCUUCGGAGACAUCCAACAAGACCCAAUCGCCAUCGUCCUCCUGUCAACCACGUUAUCAGUCCCGAAAUCCACAUCCCCAAAACCUUGGUUAUGUCCAGGGCAUGUCCGACCUGCUCUCUCCCUUAUAUGCAGUCUUUCAGGAUGACGCGCUGGCCUUCUGGGCAUUCGCUAGCUUCAUGGUCCGGAUGUCACGAAAUUUUGUUCGCUCACAAGUCGGCAUGCGUUCCCAACUCUCCACUUUGGACCAGCUUGUCCAAAUUCUUGACCCUAAACUCUAUCUCCAUCUUCAGUCAGCCGAUUCAACUAACUUCUUUUUCUUCUUCCGCAUGCUUUUGGUGUGGUACAAACGUGAGUUCGAGUGGUCGGACACUCUACGACUCUGGGAGGUCCUCUGGACGGACUACUACAGCAGCCAAUUCCACCUAUUCAUCGCAGUGGCAAUUCUUGAGAAGCACCGUGAUGUCAUUAUCGACCACCUUCGACAUUUCGACGAAGUGCUCAAAUACAUCAACGAGCUGUCCGGCACAAUCGAGUUACAGGAGAUUCUGUUCCGCGCGGAAGGCCUGUUCAAGCGAUUCGAGAAGACGGUCGAGGCCAUCGACCGCAAGAACACCUUCCCUGCACCCAGCGCCGAUGACGAAGGCUUGAGACUUAGAAAGACGGGAAGUAGCAGCAACACGACAAACGUAGCCGACAGUCAGUAUACCCAGACCGCAGGUCCAUCGUCAUUGUCACCACGAUCUCCUCGCGGAAGACAGCCGCAGUCCGACGUCGACCAGAAAGAAAACAAGGAGAAGGUCAUCACGCCGCAGCUCCGGCUCCUAUUGAGCAGGAAAAUCAUCACGCUUGAUGAAAUUGAGGACGACACUUCGGCAUCCCGGACUCGUCCGAGUGGGUUGAAGGAUUAA